AUGCUUUCGCAAAGAAUUAAAUACGCUCAAGGUCAUUUAUCGCACGCGGAGCACAUCGCGCUAUUAGCGCGUCCCAACUGGAGAAGACUUCGCAAACGUGAUCCAAAUGUCCUGGCGAGUCCUUAUACAGUACGGCGGCGCGCGAUUCUGAGGAGCCGCGCCUCGAGGCGCAUCCGGGUUAUGGCGCAACCGAAAUUCGUAACCAAGAAAUACGAUCCCGCAACGGCGCCGCCCCCUUACCCUCGCGUUCACCCGAAGACGCUCGCAGCGAAGAGCACGAACCGUAUCGUCGAUCUGGCAUUGCCCAAGAGAAGACGUCUGCUGGAGACGAUGAAAUUGGCAGCUACCAAAAACAUGAAGGAAUUCGUGAACGAUCUGCUGGUGAAGGUUCGAAAGUCGCGGUACCAGCGGUAUCGUGUAUUCUGCAACGCGCGUCAAGAGCGAGAAGCUAGGAAAAAGAGAAAACGAAUGGCGAAACUGCGCAAAGCUCUCACAAAACCAGAAGACUGGCAAAGGCACAUGCGGGUCCUGGAGAAACUAGCUGCGCCCAAAGUCGUCGUAAGACCCAAAAAGAGGAAACCCGUAAGCGACAGGAGGAAGUGGAGGCCGGUCAAUUUGGAGCGAGUGUACUUCUUGGCUUUACCAUUGAUUCGAGAGGAGUCCAAACUAAGAGAUCCAUUCAAGGUGGCUAAGCGCGCCCUCACCUAUCAUAUGAGCAAGCGAAUGGAGAGACUAACGAUGCGAUAUCUACGUCCGGUGAUUUCAUUGAGAAUACUAGGCGCCGUUUCGCCGGCCGCAAAGAAAGCUAUAGCUUCCACGAGAGUAAUCGCUUUGGCGAAGCCCGCCCAGCGUCCAACGGGUAGAGAAACGGAUCUCCGAGAAGAUGCCUUCACCGUGUCGCCGAUGGCGUUAAAGGCGAGAUGCUCCAAGCGUCUCAAAAGUCUCGCCAAACCGAAGACCUAUCCAAAACCCGUAUUCAAGAGAUUGAGAACUGCUCUCAAACGAUGAAGCAGCCAAUGGGGGCGUUGGAGAAUUUCUACACUAGGAGAACUAUACCCUGAACAAAACAA